UUUGUCAGUUGUGCACGCACCAUUGAGCAGGUCAGAGGCUCUCAUCGAGCGGGGAACAAACUAAAUUGGUGCGGAGUGUACGUGGAAGAUCGGUAGUUCGGCAGAUCGGCAGAUCGGAGCAACGCACGCAUACGAGCUCUCAGGCGCCCCAGGGCGAUCUACAAACAGCCAUGAUCUCGCAGCUGAAUCUGAUCGCAGUCGUUGGUGCUGUGGCACUCUGUGCUCUAGCAGUGGCAUCACCUACGACGACCACCAGCACCAGCACAGAGGCAGCACCCACAGAGCUAUCCAUGGAGUUAUCUCCUCAAUGCAAUUACACGCUAAUCAAAACCAAGACCCUUGGCGUUGAUCCCUCUUUCUGGAAGAAGUUCUUCACAAACUUGGUACCCUUUGUGGGUAGCUCGAGGAGUAAAAUGCAAUUUAUACUCUUCAAGCGGGAUUUUGCCGAUUGCGGAAGGGAAUUGCUCAUCGACAAUAAGGAAAAUCUGAAAAAGUCUGGCUUCAAUGCACGUCACCCGACACGAAUCGUCAUACACGGCUGGAUGAGUCAGAGCAAGGGUUCGCAUAUAAGGAAAGUGAAGAACGCAUAUCUGAGUCUCACCCAUCCGGGAGUGAAUGGAGAGCCCGCGCGCUACGAGGACUUCAAUGUCAUCGUCUGCGAUUGGAGCAAAGUCUCAACGAAUGUGAACUACUUUGGUGUGGCCAAUAUGGUAGAGGAUAUGGGCUUCCUGCUGGCCGAUCUAGUGCGCUAUCUGCACCUGAAUGCCGAUCUGCACUACGAUGAUGUUUAUGUGAUUGGCCACUCGCUGGGGGCACAGAUCGCGGGCAGUGCCGGCAAGCAGAUACAGCCGUUCCGGUUCAACACGAUCUAUGCGCUGGAUCCGGCGGGUCCCAAGUUCCGUGAUCAAACAGAUGACUACCGCAUCGAUGCUAGUGAUGCCUCCUACGUGGAGUCCAUCCAGACGAGUGUCAGUCUGGGCUUCGAGCAGCCCGUGGGGCAUGCCACCUUCUAUCCGAACUACGGCAAGAACCAGAAGAAAUGCUAUGUCUACGGCUGUUCCCACAAGCGGGCCCACGACUACUUUAUGGAGUCGCUGAUCAGUCCGGCUGGCUUCUGGGGUCCACGUGCCGAACGUCAUGCGGAUGGGACGUGGAUCCUGCUGCUCAGCGACGGUGAGUUCCGCAUGGGCGGAGAGCCAUCGAUACCCAAGAAUGGCACAUUCUAUGUGAAGACCUAUGCCAAGCCACCAUACGCCAUGGGCCACAGAUGGCAGAUGGAACCGGAUCCCGAAGAAGUUGAUGACAACUCAACAGAUGAAUAAGAGAUGGAAGAACUGUGAAUAAACUAUUGUUAAAAUACGAAAUGAAA